GCUUAAGGAGAGGUCCAUGUUGUGAGCUCAUUUCACCAAUGUCCUUGCAAAGGGCUCGUGCAGAGCUUGAUGACGUGCGGGCUCGGCUGCGGGCAAUACAGAAACGGCUCUUGAGGCGGAAGGGAGAGGUGAACAAGUGGCGAUCGUCGCCGGCUAGCCCUUGUUGCCUUGUUUUGCUCGUUUACACCAGGGGCAACGCAGAAGUUGUUGCCAACUUUGCACAAGGUCUGGGUUGGCGGCGGGCUCCACGUGUUGCUGCUUUGACCACAGAAGACCGGAGCAAGCUGUUGGCAGACCUCGAGUCGCAGUUUGACAGUGUACCUUUGGCUUCGAUAGCAGCUGUUCAGGAAGACCCCGUAAGGGCGGGUGUCUGCAGCGAAGGUGAGGCUAUCAGUGUCAUCAGGUGGCUGGUGGAACAUUCGCUCUUCGGUUGGGUUCAGGAGCAAAACUCUUUGCGUGGAGUUGCUCCGUCCCGGAGGCAGUUAGUGGACAAAGCCUUGUCCGCCAUCCCUGUCAUUGCGCCAGAGAGGCUGCAGCAAAGAGUUCGCUCAAGUCUGUCUGGCAGUUUGCGCAGCCAGCGGAAGUGGUUGGCUAAGUUCCGGUUGCGAUGGGGUUUGCGCUUGGGGAAGCUUCGUAUCCAGAAUCACCUGUCAGUGAGUGACAAGCAAGCGUUGGCUUAUUUUCAAUGGAUCAACGCAGCAUCUGCAGCGGCUCCGGCUUGUCAACCACCCUUACUGAUUAACAUGGACGAGACCUCCCUCGUCAGGCAUGUCAGUGGUCUCAUUGGCACAGUUGUCAAAAAUCCGAGCAACGGGUGUCAGCUGGGCGAGGUGGCUCCUCUGUGCGACAGGCGCAGCUACAUCACAUAUUUGGCAACUAUUACGCAUGAUUCGGAAGUGCAGCCCAGGCUUCCGCAGGUAUUGAUUGGGAAUGAGCGUCAGUUCACUGCCACCGUCAUGAACAGCGUGGAUUUUUUACCCAGCAAUGUGUACCAGUGGAGAUGCAAGUCUGCGUGGAAUAGUCACAUGUUGAUGCGGAGGUAUUUGUCUCUGUUAGCUUCGUCCCUAGGUAGCGUCCUAAAGGAGCGAUAUGUGAUUUUGAUCUUGGACGUGGCUCGGUGUCACUUGCAUCCGACAAUUCUGGCUCACGCCAAACGGUGUGGAAUCCGGCUGUGCUUCAUUCCCGCUUUGAUGACUGCAGAGCUGCAGCCGUGCGACACUCAUUUGUUUGCGCGCUUCAAAGCAACCUUUCGGGAACAUUGGCGCCGACAGAAAGCACUUUCCAUUGCAGGGUCGUUGAGUACGUUUCAAUGGCUUGAAGUUGUGGUUUCAAGUCUCCAAGCAGUGUUACCCGCCGAUUGGGACGCCGCGUUUGCAGCGAGUGGGGCAUUGGCUGAGCAGACCCGUGUGGCUGACGUGCUGUGCGCGAAGUUGGGUUGGGCUAGCGCGCCUCUGGUGCCGGAAGGUUUGCCAACUGUUGAAACUGCGUCCUUGGUUUUUCCGAAGAAGAUGAAG